UUUGGAAUAGUUUUAUUGUUUUUAUAUCUAAUAAAACUUAGAAAGUUUGGAAUGAUAAUGAAAAUUUUGCAGUCCUUUAGUAAAGAAAGAUUUGUCUUCUUCAGUCAUCUUGUGUGAUUUAUGAAUUCUGUUGAACAAAGCGUGGAGGAACUUGUAUCAGUUCCACAAUAAGAACAGUAGGGGAAUGUAUAAAAUAACACAGUAAUUUGAGGUUUAUAAACAGUUCAUAUAUUUUUCAAUGUGCAAUAGCUGAUUGUUAUUUGGUGAUAUUUUAAAGCAUGUUGAAGAUCAUUGCAAAUACAGAGAAUGAAAUGGCACUAAGAUUAAAGGAGACUUUGAUUCAACAAAAGAAACCAGCAUUGAAUGACUAUCAAAAUCCUAUAGGACUUUUUUUAGUAAUUUAAAGUAUUUCAAAAAGAUGAAUUAGUUCUGAAAUAGCUCUGAUGCUACUGCCUACUUUAACAUGAAAAUGUAAUAUAAGCAGCUAUUAAUGUAGUGUUACCCACAUGCUAUUUAAAGUCAGAAAAAAUAACAUUUUGAACAAAUGUAAUAAUAAUAAAUAAUAAUGUAUAAUUUCCAUGUAUCAAGUGUAAUAGAUUUGGAAAACCAAAGAAAAAGGAUACCACUAAAAUAUUAUACUUUUCUAAAUUUACUGCCUGAGUUUUUGUUUAGAAAUUUAGUGUCCACAUAUUUUGUUCACAGGUUUAUAACUAUAGAUUAUUUCAUGCUAAAUUUAACUGAAUCACCAAGGAAGAAGAUCUUCAAACCAACUGUGUAGGAUAGUUAAAAAAGAACUCGGUGAAGAAAGCAACAACUGAAUAAUUUGUAGUGAAUCAACAUCUACAGUGACAUUACAAAGGUCAGAACAGUAUAUGCUUUAUAAUUACUAUUCAACAGAAUGGUCUGUAAAAAGGGGGAAGGCAGCCAUUGCUUUGCACCACUCAGGAAAAAACAAUUAUCAGAACAUAAAGAAGAAUUUGUCUUGGAAUGUGAUAUUUGCCACUACAGCAUACCAUCAUACCGAGAAUACUCUUUUCAUAGACAACUUCAUCUUUCUCAGCCUCAAGGUUUUGUUUGUCACUUAUGUUACACUGUAAUCAGCAGGAAAGAUCACUUGUUACGUCACAUGAGAACCCGUCAUCCUCCAAGUGGAGAGUUCCCAGUUUGUACAAUUUGUUCCAGAUCAUUCCGAGGCAGAAAAUCCCUAGCUCGCCAUAUGCGUGCUCGUCACGUACAGUUAUCGGCCAGAGGAGAUGGAAAAGCAAACCCAGUAGUGUUGAGUACAACUGAAAAAGUUGAAGAUGGUUUCACCGGUGACACCAGUACAUUUAUUGGACCAUUUGAAAAUAACUAAUGACUAGAUGUUGAAAAAAAAAAACUGUGGUUAAGGAGUUUCCUGUUUAAAUAGCAUCUGGUUGAAAAAAUAUAUUCACCAUAUAUAUAUAUAUAUAUAUAUAUAUACACACACACACGUCUGUUGUAAAGUUUUUGUGGUAACUAACUGAAAGAUGCAGGUGGUGUUUUAAUUCUUAAAUAGAAAUAAUUUAGUAUUUAAGGCCUUAUCAGGUAACACCUUUGAAUAUUGAAAUAUUCACAGUAUAGUUUGUUGAAUUUUAAAUUGAUAGCAUAUAGAGUGAUAUGAAUGUGUAUGAAGUAUUGUACUUAACAUAUGAUGUAAAGGUAAUUUUGGGUAUAUUGAAAAACUAAAGUUUCUGUGCAUUAUUAAUGUUUUACCAUAUAUACAUAUAAUUCUCAUGAUUUACUGAUUAACUUUUUAAGAAUUCAUGAUACUUUAAAAACAAAUAGGAUAAAAAUAUAGAUGAAUAAAAAACAACAACAAGGCAAAUGCUUUCACAAAUAACUUCUCUUUCCCUAAAAAAUUUAUACUUAUAAAGUUAUACUUGCAAAAAGUCCCUGAUUUGUCUAACUUUGAAUUGUCCUAUAACCACUAUUUAAAUAAAGGAACAAAGUAAACCAAAAGUGUUAUUAUGCCUAGUUAUGAGAGAAGGCUUUGUUUUAUAUUUUUAGGCUUUUUAUCUUCUAUAUUUUAUCUUGUAUGAUUUGUAUGUGCUUCAUUCACUCAACUACACAAAAGAUGAUUUAUUUUUGAAGUACCGUAUUUUAUAUCUUCUAUUAUCUGGUUGUUAAAGUUGAAUUAUUUGUAUAUUCUUUGAGUUUGCAAGAAUAAGGCAAUAUCAAUAAUUAUAUCCUUUCUGAAGGUCAUAAUGAAAAUAUCAAACUCCAUGUCAAAACUUUUAUAACCACCCUAUCAGUUCACCAUGCAACACAGUUCGAAAAUGAAUAUUUCCCAUUCUUCUCUGAAAGUUUCUAGUAUUUUUUUCCAGUCUUUUAACAAUCUGACUCUGUAGAAGUAAUUGUGUAGCUAGUAUGAUAUACUGUGAAAGUUUGUAACGAGUUUCUCUGGGAUACCAGUGAUUAUUAGUGGUUUCAUACCUGUUGCAGUUAGCAUUAUUUCUUUAAAGUGAAUUUCUCCUGUCUAGUUUAUUUUGUCAAACAUCAAAAUGAAGUUAGUAGUCUUUCACUAGCAUAUAAUUUUUGAGUAAAAUUAAAUUACCAGAAAUCUAUCUAGACCUAGCUUUUAGCCUUAAUUAAAAAGAAUACACUUACUGAAAAAAACAAAGGUCUCACUGAGCUUGAGUUUCUUACAGUUUAUUUUUUUGUAAGCUAGGAUAAUUAUUACCUAGUAUUUGUAACAUCUUGCCUCUGUAUGUCAUAAUGUUUACUUAUUUUUAGAGCAGAAGGAAAAUAAUAGUGUAGUAACUAAGAUCACAUAAAAUUAAAAAGUAUUUUUCAAUAA